CACAAAACCAAACCAAAUCAUCAUUUCAUACUCACUCUUACUCUUUUCAACGUUUGUUCUCCAAAUAAAAAAACAGAGAACAGAUAAUCUCAAAAAAAUUGAAUUAUGUGCAUGUGAUCAAGGAGUGAACUGAAUUGUGAUAUACCAUCAUGAUGUAUAGCAUGGAUUCAUCUUCUUCUCAGCAUCCAAACCUCCCUCCAGGUUUUCGCUUCCACCCUACAGAUGAAGAACUAGUUGUUCACUACCUUAAAAGAAAAGCAGAUUCUGCUCCUCUUCCUGUUGCCAUAAUUGCUGAUGUUGAUCUCUAUAAGAUCGAUCCAUGGGAGCUCCCAAGUAAAGCAGCGUUUGGUGAGCGAGAGUGGUACUUUUUCAGUCCAAGGGAUAGGAAAUAUCCAAACGGGGCAAGGCCUAAUAGGGCUGCUACUUCAGGGUAUUGGAAAGCUACAGGAACUGACAAGCCUAUCAUAGCUUCUGAUGGGAACCACAAAGUUGGAGUUAAGAAAGCUCUUCUUUUCUAUGGUGGGAAGCCUCCAAAAGGGGUUAAAACUAAUUGGAUUAUGCAUGAGUACAGGCUCCCCGAAAAUUCAUUGAAUUCAUCAUCUCUGGCUGCUGCUCCUGCACAUGGUAGAAAGAAGAAUUCCUUGAGGCUUGAUGAUUGGGUUUUGUGCCGAAUUUACAUAAAAAACAACAGUACAAGCUUCCCAAGGCUACCAUUGAUGGAGCAGGACAAGGAGGUUUCUGAUUCUAUGCUACCAACGAUGUCAAUGGCUAAAGAUGAGAAUUGUAAACCAACAUCUUCUUCAAAAAGUGCAAGUUAUGGACCUAUGGGACUGGAAAACGAUCAUGACAACUUUUUCCUUGGAAUAUUAGCAGCUGAACAGAGCAUGCAAAAUGGUUCAAACUCAGACUCACAUCAAGUUAUCUCUUCAGACACAAAGGGGAAUAACUUCCCCGUGAAACGAGCACUGCCGUCACAAUUUUGGAAUGAAACGGUGUCUUCUUCUCCAGGGAGGCGAUUCCAUUGUGAUCUUAAUAACACUGGAAGCAGCUGCACUGCUGAUGAGGAAAACAAUUCCUUUGCUUCUCUGUUUAGCCAGUUUCCACAGAGCUCAGCGUUUCUUGGCCCUGUUGGUGAUGGUGGGUUUAGGCAACAGUUUCAACUUCCAAACAUCAAUUGGAACGUUUAAUUAGGCUAGAUAGAUACUGGUUGUGAUAUAUUGAUAAUGUAUGUAGCUAGCUGCAAUUGUAGGUAGGUCCUGUUAAGUUUUAAUCUGGGUUAUAUUAUUUUGCUCCUUACUGUAAUCAUAACAUAUUACAUAUACAGGAGGUUUCAUGACUA